AUGGACGUGGGUUCCAAGAACGUAUUCCUGAGCUCCGUAGCGCAAGACAACGAAAGAGCUGCCGCCCUAAGUCUACAGAAUUCCUUUAGACUCCUUGCCCAGGUGAUUGCGCCAAUCAUCACUGGAGUCAUGGCGAACCGUGAUUUGCAAUGGGCAAGUUUCAUUCUGAGCGCGGUGACGAGAGUCGUUGUUAACGAGGGCGGUGUGCUUCUGCUGUUCUGGAAGGAUCGGCACAAAUUUGCGAUAUAG